AUGAAAAAGAAUAUGCUAAUCCUUAUUCUAGCUGGAAUUAUAUCUGGGGCCUUGCCAAGAUACAAAGAGGUUCAAAGUUGUGGUUGCGCCGUAGAUGAAUGUUGCAGCCAAAUGGGCUAUUGUGGCACUGGCUAUGUCUUUUGUGGCGUGGGGUGCCAAGAGGGCCCUUGUUACUCCUUUCUUCCAGCUAAUAAUUUAUCAGUGGCUGAUAUUGUGACACCGAAAUUCUUCAAUGGGAUACAUGAUCAGGCUGCUGCAAGUUGUGCCGGAAAGAAAUUUUACACACGAGCAGCGUUUCUUAAAGCUCUCAAUUCAUUUCUUGAAUUUGGUAGGAUUGGAAUGCUUGAUGAUUCUAGGCGUGAGAUUGCAGCGUUCUUUGCCCAUGUUACACAUGAGAUUGGAUAUUUUUGCUAUAUAGAGGAGAUAGAUGGUCACUCCAAGAACUACUGUAACAAGACAUACACACAAUCUUAUCCCUGCAAUCCCAACAAAAGUUAUUACGGUCGUGGACCAAUUCAGCUUUCUUGGAAUUUCAAUUACGGACCAGCACGAAAUGAAAUUGGGUUCGAUGGCUUAAACUCUCCAGAAACUGUGGCAAAGGACCCUGUUAUUUCGUUCAAGACAAGCUUGUGGUAUUGGAUGAACUUUGUUCACCGAGUCAUAGGCCAAGGAUUUGGGGAAACAAUUCAAGUCAUUAAUUACCACGAAUGUGAUGGUGCAAACUCUGCAAGAGUAGAAAGACUUGUCACAUAUUACACUCAAUAUUGUAACCAACUUGGUGUCGUUCCUGGCGACAAUCUCACUUGCUCGUAA